AUGUCCUCCUCGCGCGUCUUGUCCACAGCGAACCCCGCCCUGUUGACCGGGUCGGUUGGCGCCGCCGUACUUUACCUGGCAAUGGCCCGCUCGCGGCCCAGCCGACGGCGAAUGAUUGUUAAGACGGCUUCCACCGCACUCCUCUCCGCCAUGGCCGCCGUGCAGGGCGGACCGCUCCUCCUAGUCGCUGCGCUGGCUUUGGGAUCCCUCGGCGACGCCUUUCUCGCCUGGGACGACGACGCGUCCUUCCUGCUGGGUCUCGCGAGUUUCCUGGUGGCUCACCUCUUGUACAUUGUUGUCUUCUUCCAAAACAACACCAACAUCACGGAAGGACCCUGGGCUCUGUUACGGAGCUGGCGUGCCCCGGCGGCAGGGUCCUUGAUCCUGCUCGUCUCCGUCAUGAUCACCAUCUUGGUCCCGCGGAUCGAUCAGGGACUACGGCCGCCUGUCGUUCUGUAUUCCUUGACCAUCUUGGUCAUGGCUCUCACGGCGCUCACCGUGGACAGCAGCCGGGUCGUUGCCGGCAGCCUCAUGUUCUCAGGAUCGGACGCGAUCCUCGCGGCUGAUCGGUUUUUGGUCUCCCCGGCCUCCUCGCAUCGCGCUUGGAUGCAGCCCGCUGUCUGGGUUCUCUACUAUUUCGGUCAGCUGCAGAUAGCUCUGGGACUAUUGCCCCUCCCAUGA